AGCGCAGAUACUCCAGGAACGACUCGCGCAGCUGCGGAACCGAUACGACCAGGGGCUCGUUCUCGCGCUGAACAAGCGAACGUUCACGACCGAGCAGGUGACCGUGCGGCGGACGACGGAGGUCGUGUCGGAGAUGCGCAUCGUCGAAACAAACGUCGUCUUCAAGAACGUGCAGGAGUGCAUGCAGUGGAUAGAGGGAAAGCUGAUGGAAGUCGAGUCGUCCAAGUGGGGGGACGACCUGCCCUCCGUGCAGCACUUCCUCUCUACCCACCGCCAUCUUCACACCGAGGUCGUCAAGUUCAGGACGCGCGCCGACCAGUGCGUCGCCGCGAAGAACACGCUGAAGCCCACGGAGACCAAGCUCUACGUGCAGCUGCUGGGGAAGAUGGAGGCCCUCUACACCCAGCUACUC